UCCAGAGACGAGUUCAGCAAGAAAGAUUGCCUUUCAAUCAGGAAUAUUGUAGCUUCAAUCCAAACCAAAGAAGGUCUGAAUCUCAAGUUGAUAAGUGGAGAUGUUCUAUAUAUCUGGGCUGAUGUCAUUGUCAACACUGUUCCCAUGAAUCUUCAGCUUGGAGGAGGACCACUAUCUCGGGCAUUUUUGCAGAAAGCUGGUCCCAUGCUCCAGAAAGAGUUAGAUGACAGCAGGCGGGAAACAGAGGAAAAAGUGGGUAACAUAUUCAUGACAAGUGGCUGCAAUCUGGACUGCAAAGCUGUGCUCCAUGCCGUGGCUCCAGAUUGGAAUAAUGGAGCGGGGACUUCUUGGCAGAUCAUGGCAAAUAUAGUCAAGAAAUGUUUGACAACUGUAGAAGAGCUAUCUUUCUCAUCAAUCACAUUUCCCAUGAUUGGAGCUCAAAAUUUGCGGUUUCCCAAAGCUGUUUUUGCUAAACUAAUCCUUUCAGAAGUGUUCGAAUACAGUAGCAGUGCAAGGCCGAUAACUAAACCUUUAUAAGAAGUCCACUUUCUGGUAUAUACAAAUGACGAUGAAGGCCGUCAGGAGGCUUUGGCUGGACAUAAGAGAUGAAGCAUACUGCAUUUUUAGAUGAAUUCACUAAAUGGUCAAGAAUAAAUCCCGACAAGGCCAGGAUUCCCACGGCUGGAGAUACCCAAGGUGUGGUCGGGACUGUCUCUAAGCCUUAUUUCACAGCAUAUGAAAUGAAAAUUGGUGCAAUUACUUUUCAGGUUGCUACUGGAGAUAUAAAAACUGAACAGGUAGAUGUUAUUGUCAACUCAACAACAAGGACAUUUAAUCUGAAAUCAGGUGUGUCAAAAGCUAUUUUAGAGAGUGCUGGACAAGCUGUGGAAAAUGAAUGUGCUGUACUAGCUGCACAGCCACACGGAGAUUUUAUAAUUACACAAGGUGGACGCUUAAAGUGCAAAAUAAUAAUUCAUGUUCUUGGGGAAAAUGAUGUCAGGAAAACAGUCACCAGUGUUCUAGAAGAGUGUGAACAGAGGAAGUACACAUCAGUUUCCCUUCCAGCCAUCGGAACAGGAAAUGCUGGAAAAAAUCCAGCCACAGUUGCUGAUAACAUAAUCGAUGCUAUUGUAGACUUCUCAUUGCAGCGUUCCACCCCAUCAUUAAAAACCGUUAAAGUUGUCAUCUUUCAACCUAAGCUGCUAAAUGUAUUCUACGACAGCAUGAAAAGAGACCUCUCUGCAUCACCGAACUUUCAAUCCACAUUCUCCAUGACUACAUAUAAUCUUCCUGAACACUGGACUGACAUGAAUCAUCAGCUGUUUCGCAUGAUCCAGCUAGACCCAGGACAACCAGAAUAUAAUACCAUAAAGGACAAGUUCACCCAAACUUGUUCUUCCUACACAAUAGAGAAGAUUGAGAGGAUACAGAAUGCAUUUCUCUGGCAGAGCUACCAGGUAAAGAAAAGGCAAAUGGAUAUCAAGAAUGAUGAUACGAAUAAUGAGAGACUCCUCUUCCAUGGGACAGGUGCAGACUCAGUGACAUAUGUCAAUCAGCAUGGCUUUAAUCGAAGUUAUGCUGGGAAGAAUGCUGUAUUCUAUGGAAAAGGAACCUAUUUUGCUGUGGAUGCCAGUUAUUCUGCCAACGACACCUACUCCAAGCCGGACAGCAAUGGGAGAAAGCACAUGUACGUUGUGCGAGUACUUACUGGAGUCUUCACAAAGGGACAUGCAGGAUUAGUUACCCCUCCACCCAAGAAUCCUCACAAUCCCACAGAUCUCUUUGACUCGGUGACAAACAAUACACAAUCUCCAAAGCUAUUUGUGAUAUUCUUUGAUAAUCAGGCUUACCCAGAAUAUCUCAUAACUUUCAGGCGUUAAAAAUAUUUUUAUCAUCAAAGAGAUUAUUUAAGUCAUCUGUGAGAACAACAUGCAAUCUUCGUCUUUGCUUUUGGCCUGUUUAAGCAGACAAAAGUUUCCCUUUCAGGUGCUAAAAUGCUGAAAAUUACCUUUUUAAAAUGCUCUAUUGCUGCAAUUUGUAGCAUACCUUUUUUUCUCAGCAAAUUGAUGGGUGGAAGCUAAGAAAUGUAUGGUAAAUGUCACAGUUAGAGCUACAGCUAUUCACAGACACCAAAUCUGUAGGAGAAUAAAAAGCACAUUAUUCUUUUUCCAUCAGAAAAAAAAAACAAGAUACAUCACCUUAAAGCCCAGAUGACACUGUUCUACUUGGAACAUAUUAAGACAUUGAAUGGUGGCGGGUUAAACUGUACUACUUAAGUGGAGAGGCUACUGUUAUGCAUCUGUAACAGCUGGGGAUUUUGCCUUAUUAAGAAAAACCUGUCGAUAGUUCAGCUGAAAUGACUGGAUCACAGAAUAUUAACUCUGUUAUGGAACAAAUCAUAACAGAUUUUACCCGUUUACAUUUCAGGUAA